AUUAUACAAUCAAUUAGUCAAUUUCUUUUUUUAGUUUGCUCGUUAUUGUUUUCAUUGAUUUUCUCGUUUCUAUUUCAGCGCCACUACCACCAAAAAAGGGGAAAUAAAAGAAAUACGGGUAAAGGUGGGGCAACAAGGAGGUGCCCGCGCACAUUAUUUCACUCACGCAGACGACGGGGGCAACACAACAAAACACACACACACACAUAUACUCUGGCCUUUUUUUUUAUAAAGACACGGGGGAAAAAAAAAAUAAAAAUAAAAAGCUGACGUCGGACGGGUUCUAUCGUUGGGAGGGGAGUUUACUCAGUCGACCGACGCUCAUCCGACUCGUUGCACGCGUUCUGCUUCAUCUCCUCUUAACGGCUACGCUUGCAGUAUCCGUGAGCACGGCACGUUACAGAAAAACACACGGACAUUUUUUUUUUUUGCAAAAAACAGUGGCAAAGCCUCUGUUUUCUUUUUAUUGCCUUUACAUUUUUUUUUCUCGGAAUCAACAAAAUCAAUAAAAAAAAAGGGUCUUUUUUAACGGUGUGCUAAACGACGUUUCCCGUCUAAUCACUCACGUUCAGUCAAGUCAGCUCUCCGUCCCGGAAUUCUUCAGGCUUUUAUUUAUUGCAGAGAGCAGCAAACACGCCAAACGUUCGUCUCUUCGCCAUUGCGUCGGUUGAUUGAAGGAGCGCAAAAAAAAAAAAGGCACACAACAAACAGAGGACAAACUCAUUUGCAGAGGCUACCGGUCAAGUUGGUGAACGUGAUUUUCCUUUCGGACCAUGCGGAAAAACAGCAAAGAAUAUCGCGAACAUUUUUUGGUGAUGUGAAAUUAGCUAAUCAUAAAAUAAUAACGCCAGCGUGUGUGUGUGUGUGUGUGUUGUGUGUGUGCGAGUGCGAUCGGAUGACUCAGUCGCAUUGGAUACGCCUUGCAUUCGAUUUUGAACGGAGAGAGCAAAGUGAGGCAACUGCGUUAUCGAACGAAAAAAAAAAAAAAAAAAAAAAAUUGAACACUGGCAAAUAUGACAAGAGCUAAUGUCAAACAAAGAGCCAUCGACGCUAGCUGUUGUUGCUGCUCGGUUUUAAUGGAUGCCAGUAACUUGAUCCAUCACGACAAACCCAUUACGAGCAGUCGCUCGCUACUCCUGCUGCUACUCUUCACUGUGUUUCAAGUGGGCGAGGCGAUCCGGCUGGAACACGUGGAAGUGCCGAGCGUCGUGGCCGUGGGUGAGCCGGCCGCUUUCCUCUGCAAUGUCGACCUGGAAUUUGACAACGAACUCUACUCCGUAAAGUGGUACAAAGACAGCGAAGAAUUCUACGAGUGGAAGCCAAAGAGGACGCCCUCGGUACAGAUUUAUCCCGUCGAGGGAAUCCAAGUUGACAGAGAGAAAUCCGUUAGGGAGACGGUCGUCCUUCGUUCGGUGACGCCAGCCACUGCGGGAUUUUUCCGAUGCGAAGCAUCCGGCGAAAGCCCGGCAUUCCGUUCCGUUUCCGGUGGCGCUGCCCUCACCGUCGUCAUCCUACCCAAACGCAAACCGGACAUUUUCGGUGGAUACGUCCUCGACCAAGAGGACGGAACGGUGGAACUCAACUGCACGACGGACGCGUCCCGGCCAGCCGCUCAGAUCCGUUGGCUCAUCAACAACAAUCCGGUGCAUCCGGAGCUCGUGCAGGAGACCAGCGUUAGCCGGACGUCUUCCGGCUUAGAAACCAGUUUCUCCGUCCUCCAACUGCAAUCGAGAGAUCAUUUCCCGCGUUCGGCAUCGGCAACCAACACGGCCACCGUCACGUGCGAGGCCGUUAUUCCGCACCAGCCGAAGAUGGCGUCAUCCACGUCUUCCGUCGCCCACUGGUCGACGUUGUCAUCAGCGUCUACGCAUGCCAGCAAUCCGGCGGAAGCUUCGCAACAUCAGUUCCAAAGGCGGAUCGCAUCGGAUAGUCAUCAGCACGGCGAACGAAUUUUCCGCAGCCGCAACAUCGCCAGCGCCGAGACUCUGCAAUCGUUGACGCUCCGUACAGAAAUCCUGAUCUACGUAAACGGCGGUAGGUGGCUCAUCGGUUCGGCCCUUACAAUCAUCACGGCUCUGAUCGCUUCGUAUUUAUUCAGUUAAGAUUGAUUAGAUGAUAAAUCGCUAUUUACCCCCACCUGUUCGUACAUACAUUUUAUUAAUCAAUCCCACACUCCUUUAAUUGUUUUAUUUUUUCCUUAAAAACAAACAAACAAACAAACAAAGCCCAGAUGUUUCUACGGUCAGCACCGUGUCGUAAACACAUUUGUUUUCGUUGAGUUACAUUGUUUGUUGACUGGUCAUGUUCUCAGUUGCAAGUAAUCGCACGUCCAUCCAAUUUCUUUGGCGCUCUGUCAAGCAAAUAAUAUAUAUAAUCCUAUCGCCCUAUACAUCUAUUGGUAUUUGUAUCUUACACACACGUACUUACACACACACACACACGUAAUACAUCUCGAUUUCUUUUGGCCCGCGCCUAUGUUAGGAAAAUCCCUG